GGCACUGACAUGUGCACGCAGGAGGCUUUCCAGGCACAAAGGGCCCAGCUGGUGCAGCAGCUCAUCUCUGGUUCUCUAGAGGGUUUCGAAACCAUUUUGGAUUGGCUGCUGGCAUGGGGUGUCUUGUCCUGGGAGGAAUAUGAGGGCCUCAGACUCCUGGGCCAGCCCCUCUCCCAAUUGGCCAGGCACCUCCUGGACACUAUCUGGAAGAAGGGUGCUUGGGGUUGUGAGCAACUCAUUGCCGCCCUGCAAAAGGCCCAGGCCCACAGCAAGGCCCCUGAGCUCCCAGACAGCUGGAACCUCCACUCACCCUGCCAUGACCUGCAAAGCCACCGGCCCGCCAUCAUCAGAAGACUCUACAGCCAUGUGGACGAUGUGCUGGAACGGGCACAGGAUCAAGGCUUUGUCAGCAAAUAUGAGUGUGAUGAAAUCAGGCUGCCCAUCCUCACGUCAUCCCAGCGGGCACGAAGGCUCCUUGACCUUGCCACAGUGAAGUCAAAUGGACUGGCUGCCUUCCUUUUACAUCAUAUUCAAGAGUUGCCAGUGCUUUCAUCUCUGUCUUUUGAAGAUGCUGCACAUAAGAAGUACAUUUCCAAACUCAGGAUCACUGUUUCCGCACAGUCCCGUUUCCUGAGCACCUACGAUGGGGCAGAGAAUCUUUGCUUGGAGGAAAUAUACACAGAGAAUGUUCUGGAGAUCCACACAGAGGCAGGCUUGGCUGGACCCUCCCAGGAGAACCUGAGGCUGGAGGACCUCUUCAAUACCCGUGGCCAUCUCAACCAGGAUGCAGACACCAUACUGGUGGUGGGUGAGGCAGGCAGUGGCAAGAGCACACUCUUGCAGCAGUUACUGCUGCUCUGGGCCUCAGGCCACGACUUCCAGGAGUUUCUCUUUGUCUUCCCAUUCAGCUGCCGGCAGCUGCAGUGCGUGGCCAAGCCGCUGUCUGUGCAGACGCUGCUCUUUGAGCACUGUUGUUGGCCUGAUGUGGGCCAAUCUGACAUCUUCCAGUUUCUCCUUGACCAUCCUGACCGCGUCCUCUUAACGUUCGAUGGCUUUGAUGAGUUCAAGUUCAGGUUCUCAGACCGUGAGCGACACUGUUCUCCAACUGAGCCCACAUCUAUCCAGAAUCUGCUUUUUAACCUUGUGCAGGGCAACUUGCUGAAGAACGCCUGCAAAGUGUUGACCAGCCGCCCAGGUGCAGUGUCGGCCUUGCUCAGGAAGUACAUUCGGGCAGAGUACACCUUAAAGGGCUUCUCAGAAGAGGGCAUUGCCGGGUAUCUGAGGAAGUGCCACCGAGAGCCGGGUGUGGCCAACCGCCUUAUCAGCCUUCUCCAAGCCAGCCCGACCCUGCAUGGUUUAUGCCACCUCCCCGUCUUCUCGUGGAUGGUAUCUAAAUGCCACCAGGAGUUGUUGCUGCAGGGUGGAGGCUCCCUGAAGACCACCACAGACAUGUACCUGCUGAUUCUGCGGCAUUUUCUGCUCCAUGCCUCCCCAGCAGACUCAGCUGUCCCCAGCUCAGUCCCCUGCCCAUUGCAAGCUCGGUUCCCCACCCUCCUGCACCUUGGCCGCCUGGCCCUCUGGGGCUUGGGCAUGUGCUGCUAUGUGUUCACAGACAAGCAGCUCCAGGAGGCUUGCGUGGAUUCCGAGGACAUCUCUCUUGGCUUCCUAGUGCGCACCCAAAGGACGGGGUCCCAGGGCAUGGCAACCCUGGAAUUCCUACAUAUCACCUUUCAGUGUUUUUUUGCCGCCUUCUACCUCGUGCUCAGUGCUGAUGUUCCAACAUCCUCACUCAGGCAUCUCUUCAGAUGCGGCAGGCCUGGUGGCCGGUUCCUGGACAGACUGCUGCCUGUGUUGUGUGUGCCAGGCUCAGGAAGCAAAGAGGGCGGAGGAGUGGCAGCUCUGUUGCUGGAGGCUGAGCCUCACAACCUGCAGGUGACAGCCACUUUCCUGGCGGGGCUAUUGUCCCAGAAACACAGGGAACUGUUGGCUGGCUGCCAGGCCCCAAAGGAGGCCCUGCUUAAGCGCCAGGCCUGUGCCCACCGGUGUUUGGCCCGCAGCCUCCGCCAGCACUUCCGCUGCAUCCCUGCAGCAGUGCCAGGGGAGGCCAAGAGCAUGCAUGCCAUGCCUGACUUUGUCUGGCUCAUCCGGAGCCUGUACGAGAUGCAGGAGGAGCGGCUGGCACGGCAGGCUGUUCGGAGGCUGGACGUUGAGCAUCUCAAACUGACCUUCUGUGGUGUGGGUCCAACCGAGUGCGCUGCCCUGGCUUUUGUGCUGCGUCACCUUCGGCGGCCCGUGGCCUUGCAGUUGGACCACAAUUCAGUGGGCGACAUUGGUGUGGAGCAGUUGCUGCCUUGCCUCGGUGUCUGCAAAGCACUUUAUUUACGAGACAACAACAUCUCAGACCGAGGCAUCUGCUUGCUGGUGGAACGUGCCCUCCACUGUGAGCCACUGCAGAAGUUAGCUCUUUUCAACAACAGAUUGACUGAUGGCUGCGCCCGCUCCCUCGCACAGCUCCUUGCUUGCAAGCAGAACUUUCUGGCGUUAAGGCUGGGCAAUAACCACUUCACUGCUGCGGGUGCCCAGGUGCUGGCUGAGGGGCUCAGAGGCAACAUCUCCUUGCAGUUCCUGGGGUUCUGGGGUAACAAAGUAGGUGACCAGGGUGCCCAGGCCUUGGCUGAAGCUCUGAGGGAUCACCAAAACCUAAAGUGGCUCAGCCUGGUAGGUAACAACAUUGGCCCUGUGGGUGCUCAAGCUUUGGCGUUGAUGUUGGAGCAGAACGUGGCCCUGGAAGAACUCUGCCUGGAGGAGAACCAGCUCCUGGAUGAAGGCGUGUGUUCUCUUGCUGAAGGGAUGAAGAGAAAUUCCUGUCUGAAAGUCCUCAAGUUGUCCAACAAUGGCAUCACCUUCCUUGGGGCCACUGCCCUCCUGCAGGCCCUUGAAAGGAACAACACCCUCCAGGAAGUCUGGCUCCGAGGAAACAUUUUCUCUCCUGAGGAGCUGGAGAAGCUCAGCCACCAGGGCAGCACACUCUUGCUUUGA